AUGCCUCCGCCGCCGCAGAGCGCGCCCUCGGCCCAGGCCCAGGCCUCGUGCCAGCGCUGCCACAAGCGCAAGAAGAGAUGCGACCGCAAGCUGCCCCAAUGCGACAACUGCCGCGGUGCCCUCGUCGCCUGCAGCUUCCUCGACGAUGAUCGCCAGCUCGCGUCAUACCCCAUUGCCUUCGUGCAAGGCCUGGAGGCCCGCAUCAAAGACCUCGAACAACAGCUCGCGGCCGCCAGGAUGAUGAUGAUGAUGAUGGGCAACUCGCAGCAGACAGGCCAGGAGCAGGGCGACAUGCCACCGCAGGGCUUAUCAAAUCAAGGACCAACGGCCCUAGAUCCAUUUGCCGCGUUCGACCCCAUCCUGCUCGAUAUUGCUGAGCAGCAGCAGCAGCAGAGACCACAGACUUCUCUGGCCGAAGAACUGAAGACGUUGUCCCUGCAAGCCACUGCGGAGCGGCACCUGGGCUCGUCGUCGGGCAUCUCCUUCGCACGGCUCACCCAGACGGUCCUGCGCCGCCUCACGCCCGACAAAGCCGACUUUGUCUUUGAGAAUGUCCUGGAGGACAUGUCGCCAUCCACCCUUCUGGCGGCGGCGUUUCCCAUAGCAGGACCUGGCAGUCCAUCCACAACAUUUCCGCAACCUCUAUUUGGCAAUACAUCACUAGCCGACAUUACCGACACUGGCAUAUCCCUCGCCUCGCUGCCGCUACCUGAUGAGGCGCAUAUCCAGCACCUGUCGCCGUUGUCGUUAUUCAAGAUAUGGAUGGUGCUGGCAAUUGGCUCGACUACCUAUAGCGCGGCCACGCUGGCCGAGGAGUCCGAGUCGGUGCUCUUUUACAGCAAGGCGCUCCAGUAUCUCGAGGCUGCACUUGGAUACGGCGACUUGGCUGCACUCGAAGCUAUCAUGCUGCAGGUCUGCUAUUCUUUUUUCAACCAGCUCGGUCCAAACUCAUGGUUUCUGGUCGGACUAGGCGCCCGCCUGGCCAUGGGCAUUGGGUUGCACUCCGCGUCGACGUAUGAGGACCUUCCCUUUAUUGCUGUUCAGCAGAGGAAGCGACUUUUCUUCUCCAUCUACAUGAUGGACAGCUGUGUACUUAUCGUCCCUGCCUGCAUGAACCCGUUACUGAUUGCAUACUCGAUUAGACUGGUGUCCACGGCGCUUGGCCGGCCCUUUGCAAUCCACGAUGACGAUAUUGAAGUCGAGCCCUUCGCCGAUGUCGAUGACGACGAGGAAGAUGCGUCAGCCGUCUAUCGCCCCCGCGAACCCCUGAAGCCAUCCAUCAUGGCCAUCCCACUACACAUCCUGCGCCUCCGCCAGAUUGCCAGCAAGACAGCGCGCCUCGUCUACUCAAACCGCAUCUCCCAUCCUCCCCCUUCCGACACCUCCUCGCCACGUCUUACACAACAUCCUCAUCAUCACCACCACCACCAGCAACAACUCCAACACCAACACCAACACCAAACCCACCACGACCGCGAAACACUCCUCGACUGGCGCCGCGCCAUGCCCUUCCCUCUGCCCGACACCCACGCCCAGGUCCCGCACCUGAGCAGCACCUGGUUCGACCUCAACUACUACACCCACCUGGCCAUCCUCAUGGCGAUCCGCCAGGCCGCGAGCAUGCACCGCCAGCGCCGGUUCGCGUACAACUGGCUGAACCUGCUGAGCGUGUACACGAGCGUGCUGAGCCUCGUGUAUGCGACCACCGCGCGCCCGGAGAGUCUGCCGGUGGUCCUGGCGAAGAGCAGCGCGAUCGAGGAUCUGGGGCUGGCGGUGGAGCUGUUGGGCACGCUGGCGGCCAAGUUUCCGGCCGCGGGCAAGAUCAAGAGGAUGGUGGAGGAGAUUGUGGCGCGGUAUGAGAGCUUGAGAAGCAGUGGUGGCAGUGGUGGUGGCGGCGGCGGUGAGAACGGCUCGCAAGCACAGCAGCCUGCGUCGUCGUCGUCAGGGCAAGUUGCAUAG